AUUUAAUAUUUCAUUAUUUAUUUAAUUUACUUUUUGAUGAUUUUAAUUCCAGUUGAACUGUAUUUACUUUAUUUUUAACAACGUAACGUAACGUUAGUUAAAAGUUUCUAAAAAGUGACAUUGAUAGGACCUAUGGUUACCUUGCAUUGUCUGUUAGAGUGACAUUGUGGCGCAUUUGUAACCUUGGUGUGGGGGAUGGGCGCAUGUGGUUAGGUAACCAUUUUGUCUGGUUGUUGAUUUUCUACAUGAUGUCGGUCAAUUCUAAAGAUUGUGAAGAUGUACUGCUACAAGUUAAUUGUAUGGAUUCGUUACCGUUUGGUUUAUUUCGUAAACUUGAGACGAAGUAUGGUAUUUGCGUGUUUAAGCAUCAGAUUAAUUUGGGUUUAGAUUUUCUAACACUCUUUAAUGGACUUAAGUGCGAUGGUCAUUUUGUGUUUUAUAAUACACGGUAUUUAAGUUUCUUUGGUGCAGUAUGAGGUCAGUGAGAAAAUCUGCUGUGUCAUUCAGCAGAUGGUCGUUUUCAGUUCGUGUGACCCAGGCGACAUUUCUUCGGUUGAUGUUACGGGUCUACAAGACAUUUACGUUUUACUCAUGCAGGUAAAUUGAAGUAUGCGACGUUAUUGGUUCGACGUUUGUGAGGCAUUUAGGCCUGUAGUGGCUUUGUACUCAGAGGGUGGAAUGUAUUCCGCUGCAGACGAACUACUACUACUUCAUUCGUGUUAGCACGAACAACAGGUGGCGUUUUUGGUGCUUUGCUUGACGUUUAACCAGACAUUUCGUUUUAUAUUCCUAUUAAUCUACUGUGUCAGGGCGCUUAAAGAUGGCGCCUGUAAGCUUAUUCCGAGCGACCGAAAUGCGGACAUGCUGUGGGGAGGAAGAGAAGUGGGGUGAGGCGCUCGAGGGCUGCACGUGACCUGAUGGAAGAACCAAUGGGCCCCUUGAUGUUUACCCUGGAAGCCCGCGUUAGAACCAUGUUGACCAAUCACAGGCGUCGCUUUGCACACGUUGACGUAAUGUAAUACAAGGAGGCGGUAGGGGCCUGCGUCGAUGCCCCCGCGUUUUGUGCAGGAUUAAAUGGAGGAACCAGUUACAGACGCAUAUCCGUGUCACUGAACAGGCCGGGCCAAUAGUGUGGCGCAUUUUCAUUGAGCGACAGCAAAAACAUGCGAAUAGGUUGUCCCUCAAAGAAAGUCAGCGAGGUGUCUGUACCGAGGGGUGUGGUAACUUUAACGGACAAGUUGAACAGCGAAUAGAAACUCGGGGGGUGUGGACAGUCUGAAGUCAACUAUCCAAUAGGAGUAACGGUAGGUCUAUAAAGACGAGGGUGUAGUCGCAUCGUCGCCAUUUCAACGAAGCAGAUGUAAGGAGUUCAUCGUGGCGGGGAGCGGAAAGCUGACUAACAGAGACGGAUCCUGGUCUGAGUCUAGCUAUAAACAGAAUCCGGAUCCAUCCUGAUGGAUAUGGCUGUUAACCCGCUCCUUGACAGCUCCCUUCUCGGGGUUGAGGUUGGCAUUAUGGGAGUCACAACCAUGGACCAGAGUUCUGGCACAGCUGGAAAACGCAUCCGAAAACCAUCACUGCUCUAUGAGGGCUUUGAGAGUCCUGGGAUGCCCCCCCUCAGUCACAUGGCCCCCUCCGGACCCCCACAGCCCCUGGUGAGAGACCCCAGCCGACAGGGGAGGAUGACCAACCAACUUCAGUUCCUACAGAAAGUCCUGCUCAAGUCCUUGUGGAGGCACCACUUUGCAUGGCCCUUCCACGAGCCCGUUGAUGCCGCCAAGCUCAGCCUGCCUGACUAUCAUAAGAUCAUCAAAAAUCCCAUGGACAUGGGCUCUAUUAAGAAGAGACUAGAAAAUAACUUCUACCGCAGUGCCAGUGAGUGUAUGCAGGACUUCAACACCAUGUUCACCAACUGCUACAUUUAUAAUAAGCCUACAGAUGACAUAGUACUAAUGGCUCAGUCUCUGGAGAAGGCUUUCCUCCAGAAAGUGGCUCAGAUGCCCCAAGAGGAACUAGAGCUGCCCCCUCCCCCUCCGCGGAUGAAACAAGCAAAGCCUGGCAGGAAAGGACGAGUCACUGGAGGAGUGACAACCGCUCACCAGGUCCCCGCCGUAUCCCAGUCGGCGUACUCGCCCCCCACUCCAGAAACACCCGACUCCAUCCUGUCCACCCCUCCACAGUCCCACUUGACCAAGACCUUGCCCCCACUUCUAACGAGUGAACAAAGCAUCGCUACCAUUACUGGUCUGCCACCCACACAGCCCACCACCAAGAAAAAAGGUGUGAAGAGGAAAGCAGACACGACCACCCCGACCACUGUAGCCAUGCCCAUCAUGAGCACCAUGGGGGUCAGCGGCAUCGGCCUCGGGUUGGGUGGUGGGCACGACUCCCCGCUCACCCUCACGUCCCUCGGAGUGGACCACAACUCCACGCUGGGAAUGACCCCGGGCCUUGGCCUCACCCAGGGCAUGAGUAUGGGCAUGGGGAUGGGGAUGGGCAUGGGUAUGGGUAUGGGUAUGGGCAUGGGUUGUGGACCAGUGAUGAUGGGGGGUAACAAAGCAGCGGGGGGCAGGAGGGGAGUGAGUGGCCGAGCCAUCAAACCUCCCAAGAAGGAUUUGCCAGAUUCUUUGGUUGUGACGCCGGUGCGCCGCAGCAAGCUGAGCCCCCAGCUCCGCUACUGCAACGGGGUCCUGAAGGAGCUGCUGUCCAAGAAGCACGCGGCGUACGCCUGGCCCUUCUACAAGCCCGUCGAUGCCUCGCUGCUCGGCCUCCACGACUACCACGACAUCAUCAAGCAGCCCAUGGACCUCAGCAGCAUCAAGCGUAAGAUGGACGGCAGAGAGUAUCGGGACGCCCAGCAGUUCUCUGCUGAUGUGAGACUGAUGUUCUCAAACUGCUACAAGUACAACCCUCCUGAUCAUGAUGUGGUGGGCAUGGCCAGGAAACUGCAGGAUGUCUUUGAGUUCUGCUUUGCUAAGAUGCCAGAUGAGGCUCCAGCCCCGCCAAGCUCGUCCUCUUCCUCGUCCUCCUCCUCUUCAUCGUCCUCUGAGAGCGAGGUCAGCAGUGAAAGUGAGGAGAGCGAGAGCAGCCCCAGCUCCGACUCUGAGGAGGAGAGGGCAAACCGGCUAGCAGAGCUGCAGGAGCAGCUGAAAGCUGUACACGAGCAGCUUACAGCGCUCUCCCAGGGCCCCAUCGUCAAACCCAAGAAGAAGAAAGAGAAAAAGGACAAGAAAAAGAAGAAAAAGGUAGAAAAAGAGAAGCAUCGGAAGAUAGAGGAAGAGGUAACCCCCAUUAGACCGCCCAAGACCCCCAAGAUCACCAAGACCCCGAAACCCAAGAGCAACCGAGGAACGGCCGGUGCCGUCGUGCCGGUCAAGAAGGCGCCAAGCAAGAAAAACAACAAGAGCAAAACCAAAAAGGGCGGCAUGACGUUUAGCAUGCCUCCGCCGGUCCACGACCCGAUAGUGAGUCACUACGACUCCGACGAAGAGGAGGAGACGGCGCCCAUGUCGUACGAUGAGAAGCGGCAGCUCAGCCUGGACAUCAACAAGCUCCCCGGGGAGAAGCUGGGCCGCGUCGUCUACAUCAUCCAGUCCCGGGAGCCCUCGCUGCGGGACACCAACCCAGAGGAGAUCGAGAUCGACUUUGAAACCCUGAAGCCAUCGACGCUGCGCGAGCUGGAGAGAUACGUCAUGACGUGUCUGAGGAAGAAGCCCCGCAAGCCGUAUGCGAGUAAGAACAACAUUGCCGGUAAAUCUCGCGAGGAGCUCGCUCUGGAGAAACAACUGGAGCUGGAGAGGAGGCUGAUGGACGUCAGUGGUCAGCUCAACUCUGGGAAGAAGCCCACUAAGACCAAACCAGAGAAACCAGCAACUGAGCAGAACACCCAGCCGUCACGUCUCAGCGCCAGUAGCUCCUCCUCUGACUCCUCCUCCUCCUCUUCCUCGUCCUCAUCCUCGGACACGAGCGACUCUGACUCCGGCUGAGAGGCAGGAGGUGCUUCCACAUAGAAAGGGGUCACGCGAGGGACCCCGGGUGUUUCAUUUCCCACGGAGCGGACUGAGCUGCGGCAGAGUUCUGCCGACGGAGCCGCGGGACGGGUCAGACGAGACCAGCACCAGGCACAACGGGGCCGACUCGACUAGUGUGAACCCCACAGAGAGGGAGAUGGGGCUCCCCGCGCUCAUCCAUCCAUCCUGUCCUGGACACGGGCGAGUUGAGCAGGGCGGGAAGCAGGAGGCUGGAGUCCUGGCGUUCAUGCUGGGUGGAGCGGGGGACGCUCCAUCUCCUGCAGACAGGAGUUGGGAGACGAGUUGGAGGGACGAUGGGUGCUAGAGCCGGAAUCUGUCUUAUUUCUGGAGAUGAUUUCCCUCCUUCCUGUGCUCCUGGUCUUUAUGCUGUAUAGAUAUGGUGUACAGUUCUAUAAAUAUCUAUUUUUCUUUUAUAAAGAAGCAUUUUAUGGAGUAAUUUAUUCCCUCAUUCUGGGAAAGACAAGCUGGUCCGAGCGGAGAUGUGUUUUAGUUUUUUUUUUUUCUCCCGGAAACACGCGUGUGAAUGUGUUGCGUCGGUGUUUGCAUGUGCGAGUGAGAGAUCCUCAUAGUUUUGACGCAGGCGUUGAAAAUCAGUCUGCACGCAGAAGCACCUUGGUUCAGUAGAAUACAGAAUGCAUGCAAUACAGAGGAGCUGACCAACAUCUGCAUACUACUUCACUGCAUCCUGAUGUACUCGUGUACUUGUUUAAAGAGUUGCCCACUGUACAGAAAUGUGACCCAGUCACACAUCAGUUUCUACAAACCUUUGUCGUUCCCAUGUGUGCUGUUCAUCAUUACAAUUUCUCUGUAAACUUGUUUCUUUCUUUUCUUCUUGUGACCAAUCUGUUAAUAAAUUGUGGGGACGUGUCUUGUCCACUCACCUCUGCCCAAAUAACAUCUCGGUUCAUCUGGUUUCUUCUGGUGUUUGGAUUCAAAUGGUUCUUAUUGAUAUUUAAAUAAAAUAAGUGAAGCAUUUUCUGGUUGAUUUUCCCACGAGCCGUCACUUAACACCAAAGAGCAAACGUUAUUUUUCUCUUUUACAAUUUAGCCUUUAAGUUGUAUUCUGAGUUUAAUCUAAAGGUUUAUUUAUCUGAGGCGUUUGAAGACGGAUCAUACCGGGUUGGUACGGUGGAAAAGCCGAAUGCUGGUGAAAACCUGUAAUUUCUGGGGUCCAGCUGCCAGUUUAGACGAAACGUGCGUUCAUGUUGAGUAAUAACUGCUGUUUGUGUGGAUACCACUAAACCAUUUUGGUAAAAUGUGUCCAUCUUUUUUUGUGUGUUUUCAAAGUGAGUACUUGGAAUGUUUUUUUUUCAUAAUACAGAAAGUGAUCAAAAGCUUUUAAGUCUUCUAUAUAAACAAUAUACAGAAUGAAUGUCAGGUUUCUACAAGUGUACAUAUUUUAUAGUCUUUUUUUUCAUCAGUGACUUUCGUCAAGCGGUCUUUAUCUUGUUGGCUUCAGAAUCUUUUUUUUUUGUUCCAAAAUAUCAGUAUCUUUCUGGUUUGUCAGAAAUCUAAAUGCCUCUGUACUUCAGUAUUUCUCCUGAACAUCUGUACGUAAAUAAACAAAUGUUCUUCCGGUCACUGACUGGGGAAAGUUCAUUUACAGUUA